AUGAACCAACACGACCAGUUUGUGGAGUGGGUCCAGGAGUCGUAUUUCGCGCUCCUGGGCCAGACCGAGGGUGACUCCUCAACCUCCACGGAAAUUCUUUCGCGCCCCCUCCACUUCAUGCCGACCCACCUGCGCCAGCACCGGCUCGCCUUCUCGGCCACGGUAUUCCUGGACCUGGGCGACAUCCCGGACAUGUCCAAGCGGGGCCUAGGCACCGCUCGCCUGACCUUCAGCAGCGUCCGGCGCUGGACGACCAGCGGCGCUCGACGAAGGCACGGCCGAGGGCCCAGGCGGCCGCCGCAGCGCGAUGGGGGGUCGCACCGCAGCGGUGGGACCCCGGGCGCCCUCGAGGGCGCGGGGCCGUGCAGGUUCUACAGCCUGUGA